AUGAAUAUUAACAGUCUUCUUGCAACCACGUUUUUCAUUCUUUCACUUCACGCUUCAAAUGCUGCUCAUAUGAACACAAAUCUAACAGCUCCACUUACUAUUGGAAUAACAACAUUCUAUGCAAAUAAACAACCAGUAAUAAAGUCUAUAAAUCAAAUAAAUCAAUCGACUGGUCCGGUGUUGUUUAAUUUCACGGAUUCUCAGAAUAAACGUGGUGAAUGGUAUGAAAUAUCAGAAACAGUUCGAGUUGAAGAACGAUCUGAUGCCACACUUGUACAACAUGUAUGUAAGUUUCAUUCACAUCGAAUGAAAACGGAAAAUAUAUUUAGAAUAAUCAAUCAUCAAUCUUCUUCUAUCCACUCAAAAGAAAACGAGAUAGAUUUGGUUCCUCUGGUGUCAAAUACAUAG